AUGGAUAAACUCAUAAGAGGAUGUCUUUAUGGAAGCGUCUUUGGUGAUGCGUUCGGCGCACCAUUCGAACUUAAGAGAGACAUUCCAGUUGACCUUAUCCUUGAGUUCUUUGUUAAAAGAAUUUCUGGAGUUGAACGGAGCAUGCUUCGGUACACAGAUGACUCGGAAAUGGCUUUGUGUAUUUGCAAGUCUUUGAGAGACAUGAAUGGAUUCGAUCCGCGCCACAUGGCUAAGACAUUCUCUGACGCGUUCGACGUUGCACCUUACUGUCGCUUGUAUGGCAAUUCCAUUGGCUCUCUGUUCGCUCGAAUGAAGGCAAACGGCUUUUUGGAUCCCUUCAAGGUGUCUAGCGCGCAGUUUUCAGGAAGUGGCUCUUACGGAAAUGGUGGAGGCAUGCGCAUAACCCCAGUUCCCCUGUACGGCCUGCGGCUUAGUGUUGCCGAUUUCAAUACUUUGGUGUGCCAAGUAACUGCCAUAACGCACACGAAUGCGUUGGGCCUGUUGGGGGCGCUGCUGCAGGCUCACGCCAUUCGACGUGUGCUUUCCAUCGCGGCUGCCGGCGGUAAUGCCCAGUCAAUUGACGUCGGUCGGCUAGUGGACGACCUCCAAAGUGAUCUUGAGGCUGCAGACUUGUCGGCCUUCGCCUUUGGGCGUCCACGAGGCUUUCACAAAGACGCCCUCCAGCAGUACCGCGAAAAACUCGCCACAGUGAAACGAUUUGCCCUCCAGGAGACUCGCCCCAGUAUUGAAGAAGUAGUUAAUCUACUCGGCAACGGCGAACCAGCUAUCGAGGCGAUCCCCACAGCCCUUCAUGUAUUCCUUCAAAGCCUCAAGCCAACGCCAAUCAUUCCUUUCGAGUCAUUGUUCAUGAGGUGCAGUGUCUACGCAACCAUGAUUGGCUGGGAUACUGACACGAUUGGGUGCAUGGCCUGCGCCAUUGCUGGUGCUCUUGUCGGUGCGGAAAAAAUAACCGACAGCUCGUCUCCUGGGGAUGUGCAGAUGCCGGGAACACUUUUCGGCCAUGUGGAAGGCCUGGACGUCAUCAACGAAUACGCCGAUUGGCUAAUCCAGCGUGUCGGCAGAGAAUCUGGUGACUCACGUCAAUAA